AUGGCGAAACCAGUUUCAAUAGAAGUUUGGAAUCCAAACGGAAAAUACAGAGUUGUUAGCACUAAAUCAAUGCCUGGAACUCGUUGGAUCAAUCUUCUCAUUCAGCAAGACGUUCGUCUUGAAAUAUGUACUGAGAAGAAAACUAUUCUGUCUGUUGAAGAUAUCAUUGCCUUGAUUGGUGAUAAGUGUGAUGGAGUUAUUGGACAGUUGACUGAAGACUGGGGAGAAGAGUUGUUCUCUGCUUUGAGCAAAGCUGGAGGCAAGGCUUUCAGUAAUAUGGCUGUUGGUUAUAACAAUGUUGAUGUCAAUGCUGCAAACAAGUACGGUGUUGCUGUUGGAAAUACUCCUGGAGUGCUAACAGAGACUACGGCAGAGCUUGCAGCUUCUCUGUCGUUGUCAGCUGCUAGAAGGAUAGUUGAGGCAGAUGAGUUCAUGAGGGCAGGACUAUAUGAUGGAUGGCUACCUCAUCUAUUUGUUGGAAACUUGCUCAAGGGACAAACAGUUGGUGUUAUCGGGGCUGGCCGUAUUGGAUCAGCCUAUGCAAGAAUGAUGGUUGAAGGGUUCAAGAUGAACCUGAUAUACUUUGAUCUCUACCAAGCUACGCGACUCGAAAAAUUUGUCACAGCUUAUGCUGAUUUCUUAAAGGCAAACGGUGAAACACCGGUGACUUGGAAAAGGGCGACGUCCAUGGACGAGGUUCUCCAGGAGGCUGAUAUAAUUAGUCUUCAUCCUAUCUUGGAUAAAACUACUUAUCAUCUAGUCAACAAGGAAAGACUCGCCAAGAUGAAGAAGGAAGCAAUUCUUAUAAACUGCAGUAGAGGACCUGUUAUUGAUGAAGCUGCACUAGUGGAGCACUUGAAACAGAACCCGUUGUUUCGUGUAGGCCUUGAUGUGUUUGAGGAAGAACCCUACAUGAAACCCGGGCUUGCAGAGUUGAAGAACGCCAUUGUGGUACCGCACAUUGCAUCUGCUUCCAAGUGGACCCGUGAGGGAAUGGCGACACUAGCCGCUCUUAAUGUGCUGGGGAAGAUCAAAGGCUACCCGGUAUGGUUUGAUGCCAACAGGGUGGAACCAUUCCUCAAUGAAAAUGCUCAACCUCCAGCUGCAUGCCCAAGCAUUGUUAAUUCAAAAGCCCUGAGUUUACCAGUUUCGAAGCUGUAG